UGCACUUUUGCACCCCCCCCCACCCUGUAAAGUGUCUGUGUGUGUAAAAGGAAAGCUUCCUGUGGGUUGGACAUGGUGGGGGUCUUUGAUUGAAUGGAGGGACGGCCGAGGAACCGUAGGCAUCAUCUGUUAACAGGAGGAGUUGGGAGGUGCCUCCUACACACCCGCCGCUGAAUUGCCUUUUUAUGGCAGUUUGGAAUCUUUAUGACAGUUGAGUGAAUGGGAUUCACUGUGUAACUGGGGGACAGCAGGAGCGCGUGUGUGUGUGUGUGUGUGUGUGUGUGUGUGUGUGUGAGUGAGUGGGGUGAGGAGCCGAGACGACAGAAGGUGAGAGCUAGGGAAUGGAAACCUUGGCUAGAGGUCCAUCUCUGUUUCUCCAGCAGGAAUAGAUGAGUGAUUUCCCUUUGUGGGCUUUUCCUCCUCCGUAUCACCUGGGCUCAUCCACGCUGCCGGAGGAAUUUCUCUCUGUUUUCUCAAACCGUUCCUUCGUGGGAGCGACGCACAGAAGAGAGGAAGACGUCUCCUGACUCCUUGUCAGCUUGCACACUAUCUCAGCUGGAGCCAAUUUUCUUUGUGAGUUAUCACUGACUUGUGCGAGAAAAUGCUUUGAUCCGUGCAGCCAUCUGGAGUUCUUUACGUGCACGUUUCCACUGGUCACCAAGGUGCCUGAUGACAUCAUGGGUAAAACACCUCAGAAAGGUAACCUUACCCUUUUUUUUUUUUUUUUUUUUUAAAGUUUAUUUAAAAUGCAAUCCUUAUUGAAACUCUUUAAACUGAAUUUGGUUUCUUUCACAGACACAAAACACAGUAAACAAGAUAAACCAAGGGGUGGCAGUGAUGUACCCGCCCCCCUACUGACUACUUACAGUGGUACAGUCCUGUCUUUUUAACUUUAACCGACCUAAUGUACUGUAAACCACUUAAUGCUUAUUACGCUCUCUCGGGUGUUUCCCAGAGCCAUUCAACUGGGAGAAUUAUUUAAAGGAGACUUCAUCGAUGCCAGCACCCCCCAGCUGUUUUAGACAGGUAGGAUUCGAUCCAUUCGAUCCAGCUGUGGUGCUAGAAAGCAAGCGAGCAGGCUAGUGUGGUAAAUCCAUUUCGACAACAAAUCCAGACUCACAAACCAAGCAUAGAAAGAUACAUACUAAAAGCACAAAAGACAGUGGUACACGUUAGUACCCUUUUUCUGAGAGUGUGUACUUUCUACAUUAUUGUAUUUUUGAUGUUCUGCUUGAAAUGAUGUUUCUGAAAAAUAUCUUCUGGGCCUUGGGUAGGAUUGUGUAGGGUCGGGGGUUCGAUUCCCACCGCUGCCCUGUGUGGGCGAAGUCUGCAUGUUCUCCCCGUGCUGCGGGGGUUUCCUCCGGGUACUCCGGUUUCCUCCCCCAGUCCAAAGACACGCACGGUAGUCUGAUUGGCGUGUCUAAAGUGUCCGUAGUGUAUGAUGGGGUGUGUGAGUGUGUGUGAUUGUGCCCAGUGAUGGAUUGGCACCCUGUCCAGGGUGUACUCUGCUGUAUGCCCUAGGCUCCAGGUUCCUUGUGACCCAGUAGGACAAGCGGUAUAUAGAAGAUAGGAUGGAUGGAUGGAAUAUUUAUGUAAUAUUAUAAUAUUUACAUCGUUAGUGCUGAUUCUCUCUUAAAACUUUGGAAAUAUUAACCUUUAUGAACCCUCAAAACCCAUAGAUGUCGCUAUAUUCAGUGGAAUUAUCUGUAUUACGAACGUCUUCAGUACACUUCUCCGAUCAGGAUUAGUGGCUAUUCUUUACUGAAAGCUCUGUGAGCAUUGCUUUUUUUUUUUUUUUAGAACUCCCAAAUUUGUCUGAUGGAUCUUUAUUUUAUUUCAGAACGCGUCUCUGUAAUCUCUUGCAAUGCAUCCUUGUGGUCAGUAGGCUUUCCAGACACUGGGUUAGCCUAUGAGUUCAAACUUUAAAGGGUUUUAAAAAAAUAUAUCUCCAGUCCAGGAUACGUCCCACAAAUGAUUUCAAAGUGGGUAUGAAAGUGGAGACGUACGACCCUCGGAACUCCACCUCCGUGUGUAUCGCCACUGUGAUGGGGCUGAUGGGAGCACGUCUGCGCCUGCGGUUGGACGGCAGCGACAGCACCAAUGACUUCUGGCGUCUGGUCGACUCUUCAGACAUUCAGCCAAUCGGCACGUGUGAGAAGAGUGGAGACAUGCUGCAGCCACCGCUAGGUUUCCGGAUGAACACCUCAUCCUGGCCCGUGUUCCUGUUAAGAACGUUAAGUGGAGCGGAGAUAGCACCAGCCCCGGCGUUUAAAAAGGAGCCGCUCAAGCCGUCGCGAAACUACUUCAAAGUGGGCAUGAAGCUGGAAGCAGUGGACAGGAAGAACCCGUGUCUGAUCUGCCCAGCUACCGUCGGACAGGUGCGUGGAGACGAGGUUUUCAUCAUGUUCGACGGCUGGCGUGGAGCCUUCGACUACUGGUGCGAGUACUACUCCAGGGACAUCUUUCCCAUCGGCUGGUGUCACCUGACCAACCAUAGCCUCCAGCCACCUGGGACCAGUUGUGCUCUCCCUAAGAGCCUGAUUCCUUCGCUGUCCCCGUCCCGAUCGUGGCGCCGCUCCAUGCAAUCCCCGUACCAGCUUCCGCACCCGCUGCCCCCAUUGCCCGUCAGGAAGGGCGUGCGGGGCCGCCGUCCCAAGAGCCAGACCAUCGCCAUGCUAAAGGCCAUACAGAACGGACAGACGCAAACGCAAAGCAGCGUGCACAAGAGCGUCGAGCCUGAACACCUGGAGCCCAGGCUGCACAAAAAGAGAGGACCCAAACCUGGCAGCAAGAGGAAACCGAGAGCCCUUCCUCCUCUGUCCAGUCCGUCUCUGUCCUCGUCUGUCUCGGAUGGCCGACUCUCCAGUCUCCAAAUGACCAAAGACUCCGGAGUGUUGACCACAGUGUGCGUGUACGUGAAUAAGCACGGCGAGUGCGGCCCACAUCUGGACCGGAAGCUGAUGCUGCAGCUGCCGGAUCAUUUCGGGCCCGGCCCGGUGAACACAGUGCUGCAGCACGCCGUGCAAGCAUGUGUGGACUGCGCGUACCAGCCCAAAACGCUCUUCAGCUUCCUGCAGUCGCAGUCAGACGGCGGAGAGAUCAUCCGAGUUCGCUCUGACGGAGGGAUCCACUAUGUGAAGUUACCUCGAGCCUCCAGCGCCUCAUUCGUGCUGCGCUUCCUCGAGACCCUGUGCCACCAUUUGCAGUCGGAGAACCUGUUCAGCAGCCAGCCGUUCAAUCCACUCACCGCUAGCACACUCAACGCCUACGACAGGAGCAAGUCAGUGAAGGAGGAGACGUCGGAAGCAUUGUCUAUAGUGCGCGGUAGCAGACGCUUCACCAGAGACUCCUCCGCCUAUAGCACGCCGACUCCUACAAACCCACCGAGGACAGACACACACUCCUCAGAAGAAACUCUCCCCUCGGAAAACAGUGUCUCUGCUGAGCAGCAUUUCUCUGAGGAGCCCAUGGACACGAGUUCUGCGCCAUCUCGGCCUCCCACGCUGCGCGGUACAACCGAGCAUCGCAAUCCAGCCGGGAACAGCCCGCACUACGCUCCCCAGCAACCCCCUCUGCGCCGGGUCACCUCCAACCCAUCUGAGCUGGCCACCACACGCAUGCUCAGACGAGUGGAAGGUACGCUAUCUGCCAGCUCUACCACCGGUCCAGAUCACCAGACAGCUGAGCGAGAGGCGUCCAACAGGAGCCCGUCCUCAUGGAGCAUAGAGGAAGUGAUGCAGUUUGUGCGGGACGCAGACCCUCAGGCCCUAGCGCCGCACGCCGAACUCUUCAGGAAGCAUGAGAUCGAUGGCAAGGCUCUAAUGCUGCUGCGAAGUGACAUGAUCAUGAAGUACAUGGGCCUAAAGCUGGGUCCUGCUCUUAAACUGUGCCAUCAUAUUGAAAAACUGAAACAGGGCAAACUGUAG